CGCGUGCUCAUGGAUGAUGCCCUAGUUCUAGUUUUGUAAGGAGCUGUGACCCACAUCUGUGUGUCCAGCAGGUGUUGUCUGGCAGGCAGUCGUGAGUGAUGAUGACUUGCUCCGGUUUGCUGUGGCUGCAGCGCGGUGGAGAUGUCUUCCUGCAUCGCACCGUACUGCUUUCGCCGCCCCUAGCCCACUCCCUCUACGGCCCCUCACUUGCACCCCAUAGCUCGAAGACCCCUAACCGCACCACCACCACCACGGCCACAGUCAUCCCCACCCGUGCCUUGAGCCAUGACGUUUUGCAGUCCCACUCCCUCUCCGUCUGCUGUCUCGCAAUUGACCCUCAUGCAUCCACAAGCACCACCACCAUCACCCGCUUCCUCAGUCGCGGCCCUCGUACCCACCAGACCGCCACCACCACCAUCUUCGUCAUCCCUGGGCGCUCGCUGUCUCGGCACUGCUCUCCAAAUACACCCCAUACCACCGGUGUCCCCACUGUCAUCCCCACCCGAGCCCUCAGCCACAGCUGUCACGCCCCCCACAGCAAAAGCUCCCCCAACACCACCACCAUUAUCGUCAUCCCCGCCCGUUUUCUCAGUCACGGCUCACGUAUCCCCCCCACCACCACCACACCUACCAUUAUCAUCACCCCCACCCGAGCCCUCCCCCAUAAAGGUCCCACCACCUUCCCCUUCGUCAUCCCCACGCGCUCCCUCAGCCAAGGCGGGCGUAUGAGCCCCAGUCUGCGCGAGAGCUACCGCGUGCUCCAGCUGCCGCCAGAAGGGGGCAGCAGUCAGGCGGAGGUGCGCGAGGCCUACCUGAGCAUGGCCAAGCUGUACCACCCGGACUCGGGAGCGCCCACCGCCGACGCCGCCCUCUUCGCCCGCAUCGAGGAGGCCUACCGCGCCGUGCUGGCACACCUCGCACGCCAGAAGUCCGCAUCGCAAUACAGCAGCGGUGGCGGUGCGGAGGAUGACGACGAUGAAGACAAGAGCAAGUUGUCGGCCUUCCAGCAUCGCCAGUACAUGAGCUACGAGGGCGUGGGAUACGGCACGCCCAGCCAGCGCGAGAGGCAGUACCGCCAGUACCGCAUGGACCGCGCCACAGAGCAGGUGCUGGGGUACCGCCAGCGAGAGAUGGAGCGCACCGCAGCCGACGCGGAGGGGGCGAUGGUGGAGCGCGACAUGCGCAACCGCAGCCGCAAGAUCAAGAUCACGCAGGCGGUGGAGCGCCUGGUGGAGGACCUGAUCCAGGAGUCGAUGGCCCGCGGAGACUUCCAGAACCUGAGCGGCAGCGGCAAGCCCCUCAGCAAGUACCAGCAUAACCCCUACGCCGACCCCAUGACCCACAACCUCAACCGCAUCCUCAUCGACAACGGCUACCAGCCCGAGUGGAUCGUCACGCAGAAGGAGAUACGCGACACGCUGGUCAAGCUCCGCGAGGGGCUCCUGGCGGCCAGAGCUCGCCUGGGGGACCCCAUGAGGCCCCACGAGGAGGAGCGAUGGCAAGAGCACUGCGAGGCCUUCAGCCAGGAGCUGGCUAAGCUGAACAAGCGCGUGGACACCUUCAACCUGAUCGUGCCCCUCCUGAAGCAACAGGUGGUGCACUACAGCGUGAGGAGGGAGGUGGAGCGCGCCCUGAGGGAGGACCGGGAGCAGAGGGAGGAGAGGAGGAGGAGGGAGAAGGAGCUCAGGCAGAAGGAGAGGGAGAUGGCCGCCCAGGGGAGGGGGAACAGCAGGCACGGAGGACUGAUAGCAUGGAUGCAGAACCUGCUGAAAUAGGAGGACACACGCACACAUGCACACAUACAUAACUACAUGAACAGAUACACAGGCACAGAGGGAGAACAACAGGCACGGAGAACUGCUAGCCUGGAUGCAGAACCUGCUCAAAUAGGAGGACACGCGUACACAUGCAC